UGGCAAGUGACUGGAGCAGAAAGAAUAGCAAAAAAAAAAAAUAAUAAUAAAAAACAAUGUGUUUAUGUUGAGACUGUGCCGGGGGUUAUGUUGCCACGAACAUUUAAACAAUUGAAUCAUAUACUUAAAAACCGGAUUCAAGAAAUCUAUAAUAGAAACAAAGGCUUUCAACAAAAGCGGCAUCUGGCGGCACAUGCUCAUCGCACCAACUACACGAUGGAUAAAGUAUAUUUACGCAAUGAACCCGACAGCCAGGAGCUGCAUAUUAGUUUUCGCUAUGCGAAUCAGGAAUUGAAAAUUGAUCGUGAUUUUAAUUUUUGUCGUAAAAUUGAUGAGAAAAUCGAAGCUGCUUUAAAUCGAAUUAAAGGGAAUAUUGAAAAGGAAUUAAAUAAGAAAAUGAAAAAGGGCAAAAAGAAAUCACCUGCCCAGGAGCCGGAACCUAUUAAUGAGGCUGUUGCUCCCAAUGGUGAGUUAAAUAUUGAAUUUGUUAGAUCCAACAAUAAAUUGGAAGAUGUCACCUUUGCUGAAAUGCUAAGUGAGAGCAUGAAAAAUUUACAUUUAAAAGUUUUGGAUCGUACUUUUGAAUUGGUUCUUAAUCAGCCCUGGGUGGUGAAUUUAGUUUUACCCACUACUAUACUGGCCGGAUUUACUGUGUAUCCCAGCAAAUUGGAUAUAAAAUUUGCCGAAAAGAGCUAUUGUAAAGGAGAAUGGUAUAAGGCAAAAAUGCCAGAAUCCGGAAAUAUUCAACUUGCCUCUUGGCAGUAUUGUGGUGAAGGUUUAUUUUAUACUACUUCCAAUGAAGAUGUUGACCAUUAUUUAAAACUUAUAUUAACACCUGGUAAUGCUGAGGGCAUUUUUGGACCUCCCGUAGAACAUAUUUGUAAAAACGUGGUACAAGCCGGUCCAGGACCUUGUCCUUUUGAGACUAGACACUGUUUUACAAAAAAACGUCUAACCGGCGACUCUUUGCGUGUGGUUUCCUAUAAUAUCUUAGCAGAUCUUUACGCAGAUAGUGAUUAUACAAGAACUCAUCUAUUUCCAUAUUGUCCACCGUAUGCUCUGAAAAUUGACUAUCGUAAACAGUUGUUUAUUAAAGAAAUUCUGGGUUACAAUAGUGAUAUUUUGUGUCUGCAAGAAGUAGAUAUGAAAAUUUUUGACUAUGAUCUAAGGCCAGUGCUAGAGGAUGUUCAUCAGGGUUUUAAGGGUAUUAUAGCUCAAAAGGGUACUUGCGGAGAGGGAGUGGCAACUUUCUAUCGAGCAGAUAAAUUUGAGUUGAUAGAAUCAUUUGCUUUAAAUAUUGGAGAAAAUAUAAAGACCUUGGAUGUUUUCAAUGAAUUGUGGGAAAAAAUAAAAUGUAACGAGAAGCUGGUGGAGCGUAUUUGUGAUCGAUCUACUACUUUGCAGUUAAAUUUAUUAAAAACAUCUAAUGAUCGUUAUAUAUUGGUGGCCAAUACUCAUCUCUACUUCCAUCCAGAUGCGGAUCAUAUACGGCUACUGCAAAUUGGUUUUGCCAUGUUGUUUGUGGAAGAUGUUUAUAAAAAAACUCUUGCCAAAUAUAAUCUGAGCAAUGAGAAGCAAUUGUCCAUUAUAUUCUGUGGAGAUUUCAAUAGUGUACCCGAGUGUGGCAUUUAUCGUUUAAUGACACAGGGUUAUGUGCCUCAAGACUUUAUAGAUUGGAGCAGUAAUACGGAAGAAGCUGUUAAAAAUGUUAGUUUGAAACAACCAUUUUCUAUACAAUCUGCUUGUGGUACUCCCGAAUACACCAAUUUUACACAUGCUUUUGCUGCAUGUUUGGAUUAUAUUUUCUAUCAGUCGGAUCGUUUUGAUGUGGAACAAUUUAUACCUCUGCCCUCCAAUGAGGAGCUAAAGGCUCACAUUGCUAUACCUUCGGUUGUAUUUCCUUCAGAUCAUGUGGCUUUGGUAGCAGAUCUAAAAUUUAAAGCAAUUAGUUAAAUUGUAUAAAGAAUAAAGUAAAUAAUUAUGGUGCGAAA